GCAUCAAUGGCUAUGUUUUUGAUAGCCUGCAGUUAUCAGUUUGUUUGCACGAAGUGGCAUACUGGUACAUUCUAAGUGUUGGGGCACAGACCGACUUCUUAUCCGUUUUCUUCUCUGGAUAUACCUUCAAACACAAAAUGGUUUAUGAAGACACACUUACCCUAUUUCCAUUCUCAGGAGAAACAGUCUUCAUGUCAAUGGAAAAUCCAGGUCUGUGGAUUCUAGGGUGCCACAACUCAAACUUUCGGAACAGAGGCAUGACGGCCUUACUGAAAGUUUCUAGUUGUAACGAGAAUGCCAGUGAUUAUUAUGAUGACACAUAUGAAGAGCUUCCAACAUACUUGCUGAGUGAAAACGGUAUCAUUGAACCCAGAAGCUUUUCCCAGAAUUCAAGGCAACCUAGCACUAAGCAAAAGAAAUUCAAAGCUGCCCCAAUUCCAGAAAAUGACACAGGGAAAAUUAAAACUCAGUUUGGAGAGAAAACAGGGAUGGUUAAAGUACAAAACUCCUCCUCCAGUGAUUUGUUGAUGCUCUUGGGACAGAGUCCUACUCCACAUGGGUUAUCCUUAUCAGAUCUCCAAAAAACCACAUAUGAGGCUAUUCUUGAUGAUCAUUCACGUGGUACAAUAGAUAGUAAUGAAGGUCUGUCUGGUGUACCUCUGAACUUGAGUGAAAGAAAUAAUGAUUCCAAGAUAUUAGAAGUUGAUUUAAUGAAUAGUCAAAAUUCACUGGGAAAAAAAAUAUCAUCAGUGGACAGUGGCAGAUUUCAUAAAGAGAAACGAUCACAUGGAUCUGCUUUGUUGACCAAAGAUGAUGCUUUAUUCAAAAUUAAUAUCACUUUGAUAAAGACAAACAAGGCAGCUAAUCAUUCAACAACUGAUGGAAAAGCUCACAUUGACAACCCAACAUCAAUUGAGAAUAGUACAUUAGUCUGGCAAGAUACUGUAUUAAAAAGCAGUACUGAUUUUCAAGAAGUAGCAUCUUUAAUUCAUGAAGAAAUGCUUAUGGACCAAAAUAAUACAGCUUUGAGGGUAAAUCAUGUGUCAAAUAAAACCACUUCACCAAAAAAUAUGGAAACAGUUCACCAAAAUAAAAAGGGCCCUGUGCUACCCAAUGCAGAAAGUCCAGAUAUGUCACUUUUCAAGAUGCUAUUAUUGUCAGAAUCAGAAAAUUGGAUAAAAAGUUCCCAUGGAAAGAACUCCCUGAACUCUGGGCAAGGACCUACUCCAAAGCAAUUAAUAUCCUUAGGAUCAGAAAAGUCUGUGAAAGAUCAGAAUUUUUUGUCAGAGAAGAAUAAAAUGGUAGUAGAAGAAAAUGAAUUUACAAAGGACACAGGACCUAAAGAGAUUAUCCUUCCAAGCAACAGGAGUGUAUUUCUUUCUAUCUUGGCUAAUGUACAAGAAAAUAAUACACACAAUCAAGUAAAAAAUUUUGGGGAAGACAUAGAAAGGAAAAAAGCAUUAAUCCAAGAGAAUGGAGUUUUGUCAGUGACUGGCACUAAAAAGAAUUCUCUGAAGAACUUUUUCUUGCUAAACACUAGACAAAAUGUAAGUUCACAUGAGGAAACAAAUGUACCAAAAAUCCAAGACACUGGGUCAAUAAAUGAUUCAGCUAAUAUAAUAGAGAUUCACAUGGCCCAUUUCUCAAAAAGAAGGAAGGAAGAGGAAACAAACUCAGAAGGCUUGGAAAAUCAAACCACACAAAUGUUAGAGAGCUAUCUAAGUACCACAAGAAUGUCCCUUAAUCCAAGCCAGGGAAAUGUUAUUGCUCAACACAGUAAGCAGGCUGUGAAACAACUUGAAAUCCCACUAAAAGAAAUUGAGCCUGGGAAGGGGCUAAUUAUGGGUGACACCUCAACUCAGUGGUCCAAAAACAUGAAAUAUUUGACCCCAGGCAUCCUUAUACAGAUAGACUACAAGGAGAAGGGGGAAGAAGCCAUUACUCAGUCUACCUUAUCUGAUUCUCCUAUGAGGAAUGUCACCACUCACAUUAGUAGUUCUGCAUUACACAUUGUAAAGGUAUCAGCAGUUCCAUCAAUUAGACCUGCAGGUGCUGAAAUGAUAAACUCUUCUCAUUUUCUAGCCUCAGCCUAUGGUUAUACCUUUAAGACAAAAAGCACUGGGGUUCAAGAAAGCAGUCAUUUCUUACAAGAAGACAAAAGAAAUAACAUUUCUUUAGCCAGCUUCUCCCCAGAGAUCAUCAGGGAUCAAACAAAGGUUGGCUUCCUGGGGACAAGUGAAAAAAACUCCCUCACAUACAAGAGUCUUGAGAACACUGUUCUCUCUCCAGUCUUGCCUGAAGCAUCUGGCAAAGUUGAAUUGAUUCCUAAAGUUCCCAUUCAUCAGGAAGACCUUUCACCCACAGAAACUAGCCAAGAGUCUCCUGGCCACUUGAAUCUCAUGGAAGAGAUCCUUCUUCAGAAAGCACAGGGAGCUAUUAAAUGGAAUAAAGCAAAUAGACCUGGAAAUGUGCCCUUUCUGAAAGGGGCAACAGAAAACUCUGAAAAGACUCCCUCUAAGUUGCUGGAUCCUCUUGCUUGGGAUAACCAGUAUGUUACUGAGAUACUGAAAGAAGAGUGGAAAUCCAAAGAGAAGUCACCAAAAAACACAUCCCUUAAGACAAAGGACACCAUUGUUUCACAGAACCCUUGUGAAAGCAGUCAUUCAACAGCAGCAAAUGAGGGACAAAACUGGCCCCCAAAAGAAGCCACUUGGGCAAAACAAGGAGAGACUGGAAGAUUGUGCUCUCAAAACCUACUAGUAUUAAAACGCCACCAAAGGGAAGCAGCUAUUACUACUCUUCAGUCAAAGCCAGAAGAAACUGACUAUGAUGAUACCAUCUCAAUUGAAACAAAGAGGGAAGAUUUUGAUAUUUAUGGUGAGGAUGAAAAUCAGGACCUCCGUAGCUUUCAAAAGAGAACACGACACUAUUUUAUUGCAGCAGUUGAGCGGCUUUGGGACUAUGGGAUGAGUAGAUCCCUUCACAUUCCAAAAAACAGGGAUCAGAGUGGCAGUGCCCCUCAGUUCAAAAAGGUAGUUUUCCAGGAAUUUACUGAUGGCUCCUUUACUCAACCCUUAUACCGUGGAGAACUAAAUGAACACUUGGGACUCUUGGGACCAUAUAUAAGAGCAGAAGUUGAAGACAAUAUCAUGGUAACUUUCAAAAAUCAGGCCUCUCGUCCCUACUCCUUCUAUUCUAGCCUCAUUUCUUAUAAAGAUGAGAGACAAGGAACAGAACCUAGAAAAAACUUUGUCAAGCCUAAUGAAACCAAAACUUACUUUUGGAAAGUGCAACAUCAUAUGGCACCCUCAAAAGAUGAGUUUGACUGCAAAGCCUGGGCUUACUUCUCUGAUGUUGACCUGGAAAGAGAUGUGCACUCAGGCUUGAUUGGACCCCUUCUGAUCUGUCACACUAACACAUUGAACCCUGCGCAUGGGAGACAAGUGACAAUACAGGAAUUUGCUCUGUUUUUCACUAUCUUUGAUGAGACCAAGAGCUGGUACUUCUCUGAAAACAUAGAAAGGAACUGCAGGGCACCCUGCAAUAUCCAGAUGGAAGACCCUACUUUUAAAGAGAAUUAUCGCUUCCAUGCAAUCAAUGGCUAUGUGAUGGAUACACUGCCUGGCUUAGUAAUGGCUCAGGAUCAAAGGAUUCGAUGGUAUCUACUCAGCAUGGGCAGCAAUGAAAACAUCCAUUCUGUUCACUUUAGUGGACAUGUGUUCACUGUACGGAAAAAGGAAGAGUAUAAAAUGGCAGUGUACAACCUCUAUCCAGGUGUUUUUGAGACAAUGGAAAUGCUACCAUCUAAAGCUGGAAUUUGGCGAGUGGAGUGUCUUAUUGGCGAGCAUCUACAUGCUGGGAUGAGCUCUCUUUUUCUGGUGUACAGCAAACAGUGUCAGAUUCCCCUGGGAAUGGCUUCUGGACGCAUUAGGGACUUUCAGAUUACAGCUUCAGGACAAUAUGGACAGUGGGCCCCAAAGCUGGCCAGACUUCAUUAUUCUGGAUCAAUCAAUGCCUGGAGCACCAAGGAACCCUUUUCCUGGAUCAAG